AUGGCUCUCCCUCGUGCUUUUGCCCUUGCUUGCAUCUUCCCCGUCCAAAAGGCUACAGCAGCAGCAGCAGCAGCAGCAGCAGCAGCAGCAGCAGCAAGAACAGCAGCAACGACUGCAGCAACAGCGACAGCAGCAACAACAGCAGCGAGAUCGGCAGCUUUCAGCAGCAGCAAAAUAUGCAGUAGCCAGGCUGCCCGCUGCGCGGAGCAGCAGCAAGAACAGCAGCAGCAGCGCGACCGCAACCAGCAGCAGCAGCAGCAGCAAGAUCAGCAGCAACAGCAGCACCAGCAGCAGCAGCCCACAGUGGAGCAGCUGCUGCAAGCUGUGCAGCUGUACCGAGCAAUACAGCGGCAGCACCGGCGGCUGCUGCUGCCCCUGUCUGCUGCUGCAGUUCGCUUUGCAAACAAAUUUGCUGCUGCUGAAUUCAGGGCAAACGCAGCAGCAGCAGCAGCGGCCAUCCGCAGCAGCAGCAGCAGCGCCGCAGCGGAGGUUGAGCAGCAGCAAGCAGCAGCAGCAGCAGCACAAGUGCCCCCAUCAAGCGCCACGCAGGAACACCAGCAGCAGCAGCAGCAGCAGCAGCAGCAUUCUUUUGCUUCUUUUGGGAUGUUUUUAAAAGAGUGGCGCAGCUAUUUAGCAGCAGCAGAAGCAGCAGCAGCAGCACGCGGGCUGUCUAGACAGCUGAAGCCCUCGCUGCUGCAGCAGCUGACGCAGCAGCAGCGGGAAAGUUUGGGACUUUUAAAAAAAGCAAUUUUGCAAAACAAAUCAAAAACUUAA